UUUUCUAAAAUUACCCUUUUUAUUUAAAAGUUGCAGGUGGUGUAAAAUAAAUAACAAAUCUUUAUCAACCACGCAUUGGUAAAAUAUAUAUAAUAUAAGUUGUAAAAAGAAAACAAGAAUAUGAAUCUAACGUUUUCUGGUGCAGGGUUUUUAGGAAUUUAUCAUGUUGGAGUUGUUUCUUGUUUGAAAAUACAUGGAAAAAAAUUUAUUCAAAAUGUUGAAUGCUAUGGGGGAUCUUCAGCAGGGGCACUUGCAGCAUGCAUGCUUUUAUGUGAUAUGAAUUUAAAAGAAAGUGUUUAUUUUGUUAUGAACUUAGCAACACAAGCACGUAGUACAUUAGGCCCACUUAGUUCAUCAUUUGACCCAACAACAACAAUUAGAAAAACAUUUUUAAAAUAUUUACCUGAAAAUGCUUAUAAAUUAGCAUCGGAAAAGUUGUUUAUUUCAUUGACAAGAGUAUCUGAUUGGAAAAAUGUGGUUGUCUCAAAUUAUGAAAACAAUGAAGAACUUGUUGAUGCACUUAUAUGCUCUUCAUUUAUUCCUUUUUUUUCUGGAGUGUUACCAACUAAAUAUAAGAAAGAGUAUUACAUUGAUGGUGGAUUCACAGACAAUUUACCUCAACAGUUUAGUGGUAUAACUGUCACUGUUUCUCCAUUUAGUGGUGAGAGCGAUAUAUGUCCAAAUGAUGAUGUCAAAUGCAUUUCAAGUUUUGACUUUAGUAAUACUAGUGUAUUUAUAACAGCUGGUAAUAUUUAUAGAAUGUCACGGGCUCUAUUUCCUCCUAGUCCAGAUGUUUUAUCAAAACUUUGUAAACAAGGCUUUGAAGAUGCAUUGAAAUAUCUUCAUUUGCAUUAUCCUGAUUUGCUAACAAUUGAUGUAAACAUAGUUAGCUUCCCACAAUGCUAUUCUGAAGACUCUGGGUUUUUUUGCAACAAUGACAGUUUGUCUUACUCAUCUCAAGAUUCCUAUAGUGAUAUGGAAAAUAGCAUUGCAACGCUAAGAGAGCUAAGUAAUCUUGUUGUACCUGCCCAGCUAAAUCAUGUUCUCAAAGAAGCUCUUGAACUGUUCGGUCAUGAUUUUGAUUUGUGUUGGUAUUUUGCUGUUACUUUUUAUCGCAUGGCAAAGUGGUUUGUUAAACCAUACAUCUAUAUGACAGAAUGUAUUAUUAGCUAUGCUAAAGAAUUAUUGCGUUGUGUUGUUCCUCACAUUAUCUCAUUAAGUUCUAAAAAUAUAUUUACAAAGAAAUUGCUUUCUAUAGCUUUGGAUAUUUUUCAUACAUAUUGUGACACAGCCACCUUUGAAUGGCAUCCAAGUUUAAGUAAUGAUAUGCUUUUAACAAUUGCAAAAAAUAAAGAAAGAAUUAUAACUGCGCAAAAAUCUAUGGUUGCUUUGCCAAAACCUGAUAUAGAUGAACAUGACAAUGAAGACUCAUUAAGUGACCAAGUUUUGACUAACUCUACAUGCUUUGAUGGAAUUUCUAAAAAAACUGAUUUUGAUUUGGUUUACAGUGAAGACGAUGGAAUUUUCUUCAAUGCACAGAAAAGUGAGAUGCAAGAUGAUUAUGGAUUUGAUUUAAACAUUGAGCAAGAUAGUUUAGAAUGGUCGUUUGUAAGUGGAAAUGUUGAUGUAUCUUCGUGGAAUAAGUUUAUGUUUAUUUAAGUUGUUCCUAAUUAUUAAUGAAGCAGUUGAUAAAAACAAUCUCCAGUUUCAUGGUUGUCUCAUGUAUCAUGUAUGUAUUUUGAUUGGCUGUUUUAUGAUUGACUUAUUAAAAGCUGCAGAUGGACUUUAUUUUACUUUUGUUACUGUUUUGAAAUACUUUGUGUGUGGUUAUUUAUGUUUCUCGAUAUUAGCUGUGCGUGUGUGUGGGAUGAGAUUAACUGUGUUUGUAUAACAGGAUCUCGUUUGGGUGUGUUUUUUAUAAUUUUUGAAAAUAGAUUGUAUAUAUAAAUAAAUUGUAUAUAUUGUAUAAGAUAACAAAAUGUAUAUACUGUUAUAUCAUAUCAAAUUAUUAUUUUUUUUAACUAUAUUGUAAAUAGUUUUUAGCAAAACAAGAAAAUAUACUUUUUCAUUCAGAAA